UCAGAGUUACAAAGCAUUUACUAUUUAAUUGUGGUAAUAGCUAUUGUUUUAUAGCACUUGUUCGAUUCUUCAGUGGGAAGAUGAAGGUCACAGCUACUUUAGAGGGCGAUCAGAUAUUCACACUCGACGUCAGUGAGGAUUUAGAGCUCGAAAACUUCAAAGCUCUACUGGAAUUCGAGUGCGGAGUUCAGUCGUCCCAAAUAGUGAUUUUUCACAACGGAGUUCCACUUGGCGAUGACAAGAAGACGUUGAAUGGUUAUGGAAUUAAAGAUGGCGAUGUCCUCCUGAUACAGCGUGCUUUACGGUCCACACAACCUCCUGCUCAGUUACGAGGAACUGCUCCAACUGGCAGUUUAAACUGGGGUAAUGUACAAAUACCCAACAGCUCAUCUCGUCCCCAAUCAGGCCGCAAUCAAGCAGGCUCAGGACAGUUGAGGCAGACACCUGUGGACCCAGACAGUCCUGAGUACAUUAGAGACAUGUUCCUAGCUGAUCCCCACCAACUUUCUCUACUCAAAGAAAGAAAUCCAGAGCUUGCUGCUGCACUGUUGAGUGGAAAUUUACAAGAGUUCGCAUCAAUGCUUCAAAGACAACGGCAAGAGAGGGCUGACAGAGAUAUGCAGAGGAUUCGCACCAUGAAUGCUGAUCCCUUUGACUUAGAGGCUCAAAAACAAAUUGCCGAGGAGAUUCGCAUGUCAAAUGUCAAUCAGAAUAUGGAGAUAGCUAUGGAGUACUCUCCAGAAUCCUUUGGCAAGGUGGUCAUGCUUUAUAUUAACUGUAAACUUGAUGGACACCCUGUUAAAGCUUUUGUUGAUUCAGGAGCCCAGAUGACGUUCAUGAGUGUAGCCUGUGCCGAGAGGUGUCACAUUAUGCGGCUGCUGGAUCAGCGGUGGGCAGGAAUUGCAAAGGGCGUGGGAACGCAGAAAAUUGUUGGACGUGUUCACGUGGCUCAGAUCCAGAUAGAGAAUGACUUUUUGCCAUCAUCCUUUUCUGUUAUGGAGGACCAACCAAUGGAUCUUGUUUUGGGGUUAGAUAUGCUUAAAAGGCACCAGUGCUGUAUCGACCUCAAAAACAAUGUACUGAGAAUUGGAACUACUGGAACAGAAACACCCUUCCUAGCUGAGUCUGAACUGCCAGUGACUGAUCGUCUGGCAUUUGGUGAAGAAGGGGGACAAAUGGAGGUUGAGGACAAACAGCUAGCUGAAAUGGAAGACAAGGAGCUUGCAGAAGCAAUGGACAGAUCAGUAAGGGAGGCUGCUCAAGGCACGUCUUCUUCAUCGUCUUCUCAAUCACUUCCAUCGCAGUCUUCAUCGGCUUCGGGUGUUUCCAGUUCCUCAUCUGGGGCAGGUGUAGCCAGUUUUCCAGAAGCUAGCAUUCAGAGGAUAGUUGAAAUGGGAUUCACAAGGGAGGAAGCUAUUUUAGAAUUACAGAGGAAAAAUGGCAAUGUUGAUGUUGCUGCCGCUGCUCUGUUAGCUAGGUCACUUAAAUUACCAUCAUCAGUGAAUAGGUGACGACAUUAGGAUAAGACCAUUGUAGUCGUGAUUUUGUGGGUUGCUGAAUUAAAAAUCCUUAGGUCUUAAAGUAGGUCUUAAUGUCGUGUAACUGAUAUUUAUCAAAGUUGUGGUUACAUAUUUUGACAAGCAAUGUAUUUUUUUAACAUAUUUUAAAAAUUACUUGAAGUUGCUGUACAUGUUGUAAAGCUGUGAAAACAUUGGAUGAUUGUUGGUGCGUAGGUUAUAAAUAUGGGCGCUGUUUGUCCCAAGCUUUAAAACGUCUACAGCAUUCAUUGUUUUCUGACUUACAAAUUAAAGUAUGUGUACAAAAUUAAUGUGUGUACCUAAUGGGCACAAUUGGAUUUCCUUUGAGCAUGUACAUGCUUUUGGAAAGGGACUAUUAAUAUUUAACUGACUUGGAAUUGAGUUUUUUCAGUUACAUUGUAAAUUAAAGUUACUGUUUCCGGUGA